AUGGGAGACACCAAAACCUGGUUAGACCAUUAUUAUCCCGUAAAUGGCACUUGUAUAAGAGUUGAUGAUAAAGAAAAUUAUGGCAAAGUCAGAAAUCAAAUCGUUAAUUUAGAUAUUAGUAAUCAAAAUUUAGAAGGUGAUUUUCAAUUGGGCAGUUCCUUACCCAACCUAAAAAAACUGAACUUUUCAUUUAAUCAAAUAACUGGCAUGAGUUGGGACACGCUUUUGAUUAUGGAAGAAUUUGAUGGAUCUUACAAUCAGUUAAAUCAAAGUUAUACUAUACACUCUUCUUCUAUAAAAACCAUAAAUAUUUCUCACAAUAAUAUCACUGCUUUUGAUUAUUACACUCCCAAUUUAGCUUAUUUAGAUAUUACUAGUAAUUUAUUUACUACUCUUGAUCUUCAUAGUACACCAAACUUAGUGGAGUUAAAAUGUUCCAAUAAUAGCAUUUCUAGCUUGACUUUAAACCAAACUUCUAAACUUGUUCUUUUUGAUUGUUUUGGCGCUAAACUUGUUUCAACUUCCACUUCUCCCACCUUUACUCCUUCAACUUCUCUUUCACCAACA